CCUAGCAACAGGCAACGGAUAGCAACGCAGUUAUCUCUGUCAGCGCUUAAGGAUGGGGAAAAACAGUACAACGUGUGAUUAAACGUGAUUAUUAUGAUCAGACGAAGAGCCGAAGAUAAAAGAUUUUAGUCCACGUUUGCUGUCAAUAUUAGCUUCUAAACCUUGGAGUGUCAGCAAGUGUUAAAAGACUGCAUUCUUCCAAAGAUGUCUUUUCUAGAAUCACCGCGUCCAUCUGAUGAAGAGGAGGCUUUCUACGUGCAAUGCAGAGCUGCAUACCUUACUGUAUUUAGGUCGAGUUUAACAAAUAUAGCUUCCAAGCAGCAGCUUUGUCGUGUUCUCCAGCAGGCCGGUAGAAAUCCAUCUCUCGCAACUCUCAAUAAAUACUGGACGCCUAGAACAUCUAAACUGAACUUCGAUGACUUCUGUGAAAUUGUCAAGUGUGAGAAGAAGACAGAAGAAAGUGAGCUGAUGAGAGCUUUCAGAAAAAUGGAUGUGAAUGGUGAUGGGUACAUCACACACAGUGAACUGGAGAAGGCUCUGACUACUAGAGGGGAAAAGAUGACCACUGAGGAAGUGAAUACCAUUUUCUCAUUAGCUGAUGUCAACAAGGAUGGCAAACUCGACUAUGCAGAGUUCUGCAGAUUGCUUGUGUCUACAGUACAGCAGUGUCAGAUGGCUGCUUUGGAGAGGCUUGAGGGUGAUGCCAAACUAAAGAGACAGAACUUUGGCAGCCAGUCAUACAGCCCUCCGAAGAGCUCGGUGCCAUCAUCAUCAUCAGCACAAACAGUAGCAACUCAACAUCAGCCUUCAGAGGCAGCACAGGCAGAAUCAGAUACUGCCGCCAAGAAAGAGAGCCGAUCAUCCUCCCGUCCAUCUUCAGCUCGCAGCCGGCGGUCAUCUCUGUCUAAUGCAAUCACUAUGACAUCCAGCAGCUCCAAGAACGCCAAAAUACUAGAGCCAGCAAAUUUACAGGAGUGGCAGCACAGUUACAUGAAAGGUUGUUUCUUCUUGGAAGAUGAUGGGAGUAUCUGCUCUCUGCAAUACCAGCUCCACGUUCCCCAAACAACCACAGUCUACCUGACCAUCCAACCCCUCAGCCCCAGCCACAGACCAGACAAGUCUUCUACGAUGACAGUGGAUACAGCUCUUUUUGUUAUGUCAGUUGGGGAAAACAAAGAAGACUGCACUUUUGUGUGUUUCACUGAAUCAAAAGAUCAAGAGAAGUACGUUUGGAAAGGUGAAUUGAAUGCUGGCACCUACUACCUCCUUCCCUUCACCAGUGGCUGCAGAUUAAAGAAAAGGAGCAGAAAGAGCCCUGGUAAUAAACCUGUAGAGCUGGUCUAUAGGACUGACACUGGAGAACUAGACCUCACCAGGGAGCUCAGGGAGGUGCUAUCUGACAUCUUUGAAGUGAUAGAUCUAGACGGAAACAAUUUGCUCAGUCUGGAGGAGUACAAUUUCUUUGAGCUGAGGACCAGCGGUGAAAAAUGUGACAAGGAAGCCUGGGCAGUCUGCAAAGAAAACUUUGAUAUGAGGAAGAAUCAGCUGACGCAACAGGGCUUCAUGGAGCUGAACCUGAUGGAGGCCACGGAGAAAGAUGGGGACCCUGCAGACUUGUGGGUCACCCUGGAGGCCAUGGGCUACAACCGGAUGCUGGAGCUUGUAGAGGCUUGUCCAUUCCAGAUAGAUGUACACUGUGAAAACACUCAGCCGUCAAUCCUGCCACUCAAUCUGGACUCAGGGCCCAAACUUCUGAACCAGGCAGUCCAGAAGUCUAUCACAACCAGGACGGGCGCCAAAGCACUGAGAGGACAAGACAAUAUCUUCAUCUACACCUACAAAGGAGAACACAGGAUCUCCUCACUCAUAGCCAACAAGUCCAACCACAAAGUGAUGGUUCAUGUCAACAAUGAGCAGAACAAGAACUGCUGCAACAGUCGAGGCAUGAAUGUGUUUGCUGUGGAGGUUCCAGCCCGGACCAAGAUGGUUUGCCAACACAUUCUGUCCAUUAAUGAGAAACAGGACUGGACUUACAACUGUGUGGAGACCAUUCUACCCAGCAUGUAAAGAUGGAAAGCCAUUAAGAACUCUAAAGCUGUUUUGUGUUUGUGAUGACAUUCUGUGAAAUAAACAAGCCUUACUACA